AUGGACGAGAAAACCACUCUCAAUCGAGCCAAACUUCCUGCAUUUAAACCGGGCUAUAAGUUGCUGGGUAUCUUUCAGAAAAGCCCUUCUUACCAACCUAUGCCAGAUGAAGACCCUGUGAAAGAUGAAGUGAAGCGGGAUGGCAUCGUUCAUUGGUGCUACAUCCCUUUUGCUUACCGGGCAUGCAUGGGAGUCCUCAUGAUCUCCUUGGUCGUACUGGCUAUCAUGGGAUUACAACCCGACCACAACAACACAGAUGUUUACCGCCUGGACGCAAGGAAGCAUAGAUGUGGAAAAACGCCUAAAGAAGCCCGCGAGCUUGGGUGCCAUUUCGACGUGGUCACUUUUGCGUGGGUACCCGAGGAGUGUUUAGACGAAGAGCUUGCCGCCGAAUUCCGUCUCCAGAAUUUCACCUGGUACAACGACCCAGCCGGGACUGCGACACACACGGAAGAGGAGCUGGCUGAGGAUCUUUACGACCACUGGAUUACACAAGGAGAUCAUGCGACACAUUGCUUCUUUGCGUGGAAAAAGACACAUCGCGCGAUAGAGGCUGGAAGGCCUUUACAUGGUGGACUUACCAAAUGGAAGCACACCCUGCACUGUGGUGACGUUCUUCUGUCAAAAGAAGACCCUAAGAGUAUAAGUGGGCAUGUGCGUCUGAAAUACCCUUUGUGUUGA